UAUGCAAUCAUAUUCAAUCGGAGAGAAUAUUUUCUCUUUUCUAACUCUAAUAUCUUUAGUUUAUUCUAAAACAAUUUUCAUUAACGAUACAACAACUACGGUUGAAUUGAGAUGUAAUCAGGGUAAAAAUUGGACUCAUUUUGGAAACUAUUCUAUUGAUUAUAAAGAACAUAAGCAAGAAAUUUUACAGGGCGACAAUAAUUACGAUAAUUUGGGAUUAUUCCAAUGCAGAUCAAGUCAAGGGCUUUUAUUACAGGAAUACGAAAUAUUGACUCUAUAUCCAUCCAUAACUAUUCUAGAGAAGAACAGUUUAAACAGUUUUAGAAAUUUUACAGAUUUGGUAUAUCAAGGUGAAAAUAUCUCUAUAAAUUGUAGGGUAUUCAGUAAUCCUGAACCAAAGAUUAAAUGGUCAAUGAUUUCUGAUAUCGAUGGUCGCAAAAAAGUAUGUCUCCCAAAUAUCAAUUGUAAAUUAUAUAAAAUAGGAAAAUAUGAGUAUAUUCUUGAAUGGAAAAUUCCGAAUGUCACCCAAGAUUAUAGAGGAAAUUAUACAUGUUCAAGUUGGAUUGAACAAGAUCCUGAAAAUAUAAAUCACGAUUUUGUUAUUGUUAGAAUAAGAAAGAACUUUUUAUGGGUUACCCCACUUGUAUUAAAUUUUGGAGCUUUAGCGCUGCUAAUUGUUAUUAUAAACUUUACGAAAGCGCUGCCAGAUAAAUCAGAAAAAGGAUUUGAUACAGCUUUGCUAAAGCCGACUAGAAAGUGGGAAAACCUGAAAAUGAUGGAAAAUGAUAAUAUAUCAUCUGAUUCUCAAUAUUCUUUUCGAACAAUGGAAACUUUGACAAUUCCAUCAAAAUCCAAAACCAAUAACCCAGACGGGGUACUUAAGCCGGGUGAGGAUCCUAAAAAAUUAUCACCCAAUGAAUGGAAAAUGAGAUUAAAUGAUGAUGAAAUGUACAGAAUUACUAGAGAAAAAGGAACAGAAAGUCCUUAUGUUGGAUUUUACUCUGAGAGAUUUGACGAAGGAGUUUAUACUUGCGCAUGCUGUGGAGCAGAUUUAUUUGAUUCAGAUACAAAAUACAGCUCUGGUUGCGGUUGGCCUGCUUUUUAUGCCGCUAAAAAUGCAAAAAUUGAUAAGGGAAAAAUUGAUGAAUCGCAAGCGAAUGUUGCUAGAAUUCAAGACAAUAGUUAUGGGAGGAAACGAGUUGAAGUUAUCUGUAAAAACUGCGAUGCUCAUCUUGGGCAUGUUUUUAGCGAUGGACCUGCGGACAAAACUGGUGAAAGGUUCUGCAUCAACAGUAAAUCCAUGGGAUUUAAACCCAAAGAAUAA